AUGCUGACGUGUGAUCACAGUCACACAGGUGGUAGCUGCGAAGGGGCCGCCAGUCGGAAGGACCGGGCGGUGCUCAAGAGACGAGCAGAGAGAGACGACACAGAGACGGAGACGGACAUCUACCUGGACAUGGAUCACCUGCUGAUGCUGUUGCUGCUGCUGUGGAGCUCAGGACUCCAGGCUGAAGAUAAACACCAAUCAACAGGUUCUCAGUGUGAAAGCACAGCCAAGGCUGACAUCGUGCUGUUAGUCGACGGAUCUGGGAGCAUCGGCUCUGAAGAUUAUGAAAACAUUAAGUCCUUUCUAAAUCAAACAGUCAGCAACUUCAACAUCGGCCCUGACAAAGUCCAGAUCGGUCUGGUUCAGUAUGACAGCACCCCAAGGACCGAGUGGCAUCUGAACACCCACCAGACCAAACAAUCCCUGCUGGAGGCCAUAGCCAAGCUGCAACAGCCAGGAGGAGGCACCAACACAGGAGAAGCUCUGAAACACAUCCUCCAUAACAACUUUAAACCCAAUGUGGGAAUGCGUGCAGACUCCCACAAAAUUGCUAUCCUGAUUACUGAUGGACAGUCCAGCGACGAUGUAUCCCUCGCCUCGCAGCACCUGAAAGACGCCGGCAUUGAUGUCUACGCUAUUGGUGUAGGGAAUGCAAACGAGGCUCAGCUGAGGGUCAUCGCCUCAGAUCCUAUUAAAAACCACAUGUACAUGCUCAGUGACUUCUCAUCCCUCCUGAACAUCAUCAACAACCUCACCAUCAACCUCUGUAACAGUACCAACAGCGGCUUAGGACUCCAGGCUGAAGAUAAACACCAAUCAACAGGUUCUCAGUGUGAAAGCACAGCCAAGGCUGACAUCGUGCUGUUAGUCGACGGAUCUGGGAGCAUCGGCUCUGAAGAUUAUGAAAACAUUAAGUCCUUUCUAAAUCAAACAGUCAGCAACUUCAACAUCGGCCCUGACAAAGUCCAGAUCGGUCUGGUUCAGUAUGACAGCACCCCAAGGACCGAGUGGCAUCUGAACACCCACCAGACCAAACAAUCCCUGCUGGAGGCCAUGGCCAAGCUGCAACAGCCAGGAGGAGGCACCAACACAGGAGAAGCUCUGAAACACAUCCUCCAUAACAACUUUAAACCCAAUGUGGGAAUGCGUGCAGACUCCCACAAAAUUGCUAUCCUGAUUACUGAUGGACAGUCCAGCGACGAUGUAUCCCUCGCCUCGCAGCACCUGAAAGACGCCGGCAUUGAUGUCUACGCUAUUGGUGUAGGGAAUGCAAACGAGGCUCAGCUGAGGGUCAUCGCCUCAGAUCCUAUUAAAAACCACAUGUACAUGCUCAGUGACUUCUCAUCCCUCCUGAACAUCAUCAACAACCUCACCAUCAACCUCUGUAACAGUACCAACAGCGGCUUAGGACUCCAGGCUGAAGAUAAACACCAAUCAACAGGUUCUCAGUGUGAAAGCACAGCCAAGGCUGACAUCGUGCUGUUAGUCGACGGAUCUGGGAGCAUCGGCUCUGAAGAUUAUGAAAACAUUAAGUCCUUUCUAAAUCAAACAGUCAGCAACUUCAACAUCGGCCCUGACAAAGUCCAGAUCGGUCUGGUUCAGUAUGACAGCACCCCAAGGACCGAGUGGCAUCUGAACACCCACCAGACCAAACAAUCCCUGCUGGAGGCCAUGGCCAAGCUGCAACAGCCAGGAGGAGGCACCAACACAGGAGAAGCUCUGAAACACAUCCUCCAUAACAACUUUAAACCCAAUGUGGGAAUGCGUGCAGACUCCCACAAAAUUGCUAUCCUGAUUACUGAUGGACAGUCCAGCGACGAUGUAUCCCUCGCCUCGCAGCACCUGAAAGACGCCGGCAUUGAUGUCUACGCUAUUGGUGUAGGGAAUGCAAACGAGGCUCAGCUGAGGGUCAUCGCCUCAGAUCCUAUUAAAAACCACAUGUACAUGCUCAGUGACUUCUCAUCCCUCCUGAACAUCAUCAACAACCUCACCAUCAACCUCUGUAACAGUACCAACAGCGGCUUAGGACUCCAGGCUGAAGAUAAACACCAAUCAACAGGUUCUCAGUGUGAAAGCACAGCCAAGGCUGACAUCGUGCUGUUAGUCGACGGAUCUGGGAGCAUCGGCUCUGAAGAUUAUGAAAACAUUAAGUCCUUUCUAAAUCAAACAGUCAGCAACUUCAACAUCGGCCCUGACAAAGUCCAGAUCGGUCUGGUUCAGUAUGACAGCACCCCAAGGACCGAGUGGCAUCUGAACACCCACCAGACCAAACAAUCCCUGCUGGAGGCCAUGGCCAAGCUGCAACAGCCAGGAGGAGGCACCAACACAGGACUCCAGGCUGAAGAUAAACACCAAUCAACAGGUUCUCAGUGUGAAAGCACAGCCAAGGUUGACAUCGUGCUGUUAGUCGACGGAUCUGGGAGCAUCAGCUCUAAAGACUUUGCAAUCAUUAAGUCCUUUCUAAUUCAAACAGUCAGCAACUUCGACAUCGGCCCUGACAAAGUCCAGAUCGGUCUGGUUCAGUACUCUAAAGUUCCAAGGACCGAGUGGCAGCUGAACACCCACAAGACCAAACAAUCCCUGCUGGAGGCCAUAGCCAAGCUGCGCCAGAGAAGAGGAGGAACCUACACAGGAAAAGCUCUGAAACACAUCCUCGAUAAAAACUUUAAACCCAAUGUGGGAAUGCAUGCAGACUCCCACAAAAUUGCUAUCCUGAUUACUGAUGGAAAGUCUCAGGACAACGUAUCCCUCGCCUCGCAGCACCUGAGAGACACCGGCAUUGAUGUCUACGCUAUUGGUGUAGGGUAUGCAAACAAGGAUGAGCUGAGGGUCAUCGCCUCAGAUCCUAUUAAAAACCACAUGUACAUGCUCAGUGACUUCUCAUCCCUCCUGAACAUCGUCAACAACCUCACCAUCAACCUCUGUAACAGUACCAACAGCAGCUUAGACUCUGUCAGGCUGGUGAAUGGGACUACUAUGUGUUCAGGCAGAGUGGAGGUCAAGUUUAACCAGUUUAACCAGUCGUGGUCUUCAGUGUGUGAAGCUGACUUUGACCAGCAGGAUGCAGAGGUGGUCUGUAGGGAGCUCGGCUGUGGGGCUCCCUCAGUCCUCCAGGGGGCGCUCUAUGGAGAAGUGGAGGCUCUGAUAUGGACCAAAGAGUUCCAGUGUGGAGGCCAUGAGUCUGCUCUCCUGGACUGUGGAAGAUCAGACUCAGCUAGAAGCACCUGCUCACCUGACAAAGCUGUUGGACUCACCUGCUCAGAGCCUGUCAGGUUGGUGGGAGGAGCCAGUCGCUGUGCAGGUACACUGGAGGUGAAACGAACAGAGUGGAGACCAGUGCAGGACUCUGACUGGACCCUGAAGGAAGCAGCUUCAGCCUGCAGGGAUCUGGACUGUGGCUCUGCUGUUUCAACAGGGAGGAGAAAUAAUUCCUUAGAGGAAUCUGUAUGGUGGAUCAGAUCUGACUGUGUUCAGUCUGGAUAUGCCCUGAGGCAAUGUGCAUCAUCAAAUUCCUCUUCCUCCAUCGUGGAGCUCAUCUGCUCAGACCUGCUGGUUCAGCCAAUCAUCUCUGUGUCUUCUACCAUGGACGGGGUCUCCGAGGCCCAGCAGCAGGGGUUUCAGGUGCGUCGGGGCUCCAACUUCACCAUCAGCUGCUCCGUCCAGCCUCAGUACCCAGGAGGCUCCUUCCAGCUCACCUUCACCUCCUCCAACACGGCACACAACUACACCCAGCCAGCUGUCAAUCACUCUGUUGACUUCCUGUUUCCUGCUGCAGACCCCGCCCACCAAGGAAGCUACAGCUGUGUUUAUGGCAUCUAUGUUUUUUCUCAUAACUUCUCCUCUGAGAGCCGUCUGCUGUCUCUCACUGUCACAGAUCCAACAGUUCUGAUCAUCACACUGGUCGUCCUGUCGGUGACUCUGCUGUUAUUCAUCAUUGCCAUCUAUUUCAUCCGGAAGGCCAGCAGGGGGCAGAAGUCAGGCCCACAAGAGAACACUGAGCUGGAUUCUUAUAACCUUGGUGUUUCCAGAGCUGAAGGAGAGCCGGCUGAAGAGGAAAGAUCUCAGAGAGCAGAGUAGGACCUCCAAGGAGUCACACAAACAUCCAUCUGCUCAGUGGAGGAUUUUAUAUUUUUUACACAGAUGUUCCCUUUAAAGUAGCACUUAAAUCACUGCAGAAAAGGUUUCAUCUCUCCUUUCAGUCUCAUGUGAUAAACCAACCAGCUUUUUGCAGUCUGUAUCUCAAGGAGUGACGUCAUAUUGGACAAUUCUGCACCUCAUGAUUUAUGAGUUACCAGUGCUUCAGUUGGUCUGGAAUGAUCAACAGCUUUUAUUCAUGUUUGCAAGCUUUAGAUAUAGAUAUAGACAUAUAACAUGUAUAACAGACAUUGCUAAUUCAUUUAGUUGACUUUAUGAUUCUUCUCUACAUGUGCUACUUUUACACUUGUUUUACAACUGUUAAUCAGAAGUUAGUCUCACUUUAAAAUACUGAACAAACAGUUUUGCAAAUGUUUUACGAGGAAGGAAACACAUUCAACUCAUUUGUUAGAAUUACAGGAUAAACACAAUGAGUUUAACGCAGAUUGUAAACUUAACUUUUGUUUGUCUACAAAAAACUCCGAUUAGUCGACUCAGGAAAAACAAACCUCACACACAUCUGCAAAACUGUCACAAAAUACUUGAUUAUCUGUAUAUAGUUUUAUUUUGUCAUUAUUAACCUCUCACGUCAACAGCUGUACCUUUCUUUUUACUUUAAGAUUUCCAUGAAUCCAGUUUUAUGGUCUGAGUCAAGAAAUCAUUUUUAUAAAAUACAUCCAGUUUUUCUUCACUGCCUUUUAUAUACUUGAGUGUUUGAGCACAAAAAUUGUUAUUCAGCAUUUUUAUGUUCUUUGAGUUAACAAAAUUCAAUAAAUCAAACAUUUAUUGAGUC